AUGGAAGACUUCCUGACAGUUGAAGACUAUGAACUAUGGACCAUAGUUAACCAAGAUUCUUUGAUUCCUACUAAACAAAAUGCACAAAAUGAAACAGUUCCUAAGGACCCCUACGAAUUUGUGGCAGCAAAUUUAAGAAUGAUGGAGAAGAAUAAAAAGGCUAAGAAAAUCCUUAUCUUUGGGCUCAGUCCUGAUGAGUACGAUAGAAUUUCUGUGUGCUCUAAUGCGAAGCAUAUAUGGGAUGCACUCCAAACUGCUCAUGAAGGAACAAAUCAAUUGGUUACCAAAGUUCUAAGAAUCCUUCCAGCCUCAUGGGAAUCAAAAGUCACUGCAAUCCAUGAAGCCAAGGAAUUGGACAAAAUCUCACUUGAUGAGUUGGUUGGAAACUUAAAAACUCAUGAAAUGGGAAAGAUAGAACUGCGGAAGGAAGAACCAAAGAAGGAUAAGGCCUUAGUUCUUAAAGUGUUUGAGGAUAAUGAAUCUGACUAUGAUGAUCCUGAUCUAGCAAUGUUUGCCAAGUUCAAGAGGUUCAUGAAGAAUUCCAAAAAUGCAUCCAAGACAGAGACCAGUAGCACGUCCAAGCAGAUCGACAAAACAAUUUAUGAUGGGUGCUACAAGUGUGGCAAGCUAGAUCACAUGGUCAAGGACUGCCCAAUCUCUAAUAAAUCUGGAAUUGGCUACAGAAAUCUUAUCCAUAAGUUUGACCCAAAGUAUGUAGGAAUUUCUGAUAAUAACAUGUGCACUCAUUGUGGAAGAGUAGGACACUUUAGAGACACUUGUCCUGCCUUAAUUCAUGCUCAGUUUAGAAACACCUUUGGUAUUGCUAAAAAUUUGAAAAAGGAAGAGAAGCCAAAGGUUAAUCCUCCUGUCCAUACUAAGCGGAUUAAGGAUAUGGUGAGAGGGAACAAUCAGGACUGGUAUCUAGACAGUGGGUGCUCAAGAUAUAUGACUGGAGAAAGGAAAAACUUCCUCUCACUGAUAGCCUUCCAAGGAGGGAGUGUGUCAUUUGGAAAUGGGAAAAAGGGCCAAAUAACAGGUAUUGGAAAGGUUGACAAGUCACUCUCUCAUGUUAUAAAAGAUGUGUAUUAUAUGGGUAAGAGACAUAACAAUGUCUACAAGAUAUCGAUUAUGUCACUUACCCAGAGUGAGCACACAUGCUUGAGUGUAGUGAAUGAUGAUCCACUGUUAUGGCAUAGAAGACUUGGACAUGUCAGUCUCUCUCAACUCAACAAGUUGGCAGCAAGGGACUUGGUCCUUGGUCUACCUAAAGUUGAGUUCACCUCUAACACGGAUGAAGAUUAUGACAUAGGAUUCACCUGUGAUGGAGAUAAAAAGGAAUCUGAUGAAGAUGAAUCAGAAAACCACAAGGAAAUUGACAGUGAUCAUGAGGAACAAGAAGAAGAAAGAACUACUCUAAUUGCUGACCAGACUAAUGAAGCCACACCUACUGAACCUGCUCUUUUGGGUCACUCCUCGGGUGAAUCUUCUCUGGUAUACAGAUCAGACCAUGGAAGCAUCAAAGCUCACAUCCUCUUGAGAAUAUCAUCUCUGAUCCAAAUGCAGGGGUGCAAACCAGGUCUUCCCUAA